GGGUGCGGGCGGCCCGGCUCGCCACGCGCGCAGCGUUCGCUCGCUCACUGGCGUGUGAAGUGGCUCAAACUUUACUCACGCGUGUCCCAGCCUCCCGAUCCGUCUGCGUUGCUUCCUGGGUGGUGGUCUAUAAAUUGUCUAACUUCAAACCUGCCAAAAAAAAAAAAAAAAAAAACCCAGAGCCCUUCAAUAGGUGCCGCCUGUAGCGUCGUCCUAAGCGGUGUCCGCGGGAUGUUGGAUCUGAUGUACUGAUUAUCUUCCUUCUCCUAAAUAAACUUCAACGUAAAUCCUUAGAUCUUACAAACGAAAAAGUUUGUGUACCCUGCGAAACCGACCUGUGUGGCACGCGUGGGAAGCACAGCACUGAGUGAAUUAUUACGUAAGGCCUGGGGAUCUGCUUUUAACGAUUGAAUUCAGCAUUGUUUCCUGAGUACCAGCUAUGGGCCAGGCGCUGUGCUAGGCACUUGUGAAGAGGCCAGGGUUAAAACGAAUUAGAAGACUGGCCCUGCAGGACCUCAGAGUCUAAGAGGAGAAGACAACUGUAUGAUGAACUGCAAAUACAGGGAAGAAGUGUUGCUGUGUUUUAUUCCAGCAAGGUGGCUUGUUAGGAUAGAAAACGCGGGGACCAACUGCCUACAGCUCAAUGGUUUGCAGAGCUGGCACGAAGCAAGAUAGUGCAGCAUGCCUGGGUUUAAGAUGGACAAGUUGAUUUUUGAGAACAAAAAUGUAUAAUAGUAAAUUAGAUGCUGUUAAAAUGUAAAAACGUGACAUAAAAGCCAAUAACAGAUACCCCAUGUUUUCCCAUCACCCGAGGAGUCUGGGCAGAGACUGGACUACACCGUGGGAGAAUCUGCAGAGGUGUUGCUGGAACAGACACAUUUCUAGUUGUAUGAGGUGGCCUGGACAUUAUUCUCGUGCUCCUUACCCAUACUUCAGUAGUAGGCACUUCUCACUCAAUUGGAGGCCACCCUGUUUGUCGGAGUCUAGAACUCCAUUUCAGUACUGUAGCUGGAGACCUGACAGCCUCAGCCAGACGUCUCUGAUCCAUCUCUCUAGUUACGUCAUGAACUCUGAGGGAGAUGAGCCUUCGUCAAAACGAAGAAAGCACCAAGGGAUGAUAACACGGAAUUGGGAAUAUAUAUGUAACCACAAUAAAGAAAAAACGAAGAUCGUAGGAGACAAAAAUACUGAGCCCCACUGUGAAGACAGUGAGAACCAGUUCGAUUUUUCAGUGAUGUCCUAUAAUAUACUUUCACAAGAUUUACUGGAAGAUAACUCACACCUUUACAGACACUGCCGGCGGCCAGUAUUACAUUGGAGUUUUAGGUUUCCCAAUAUUCUGAAAGAAAUUAAACAUUUUGAUGCCGAUGUACUUUGUUUGCAAGAAGUUCAGGAAGAUCAUUAUGGAACAGAGAUCAGACCAAGUUUGGAAUCGUUGGGUUAUCACUGUGAAUAUAAGAUGCGGACAGGAAGAAAACCUGAUGGUUGUGCCAUUUGCUUCAAACAUUCCAAAUUUUCUCUCUUAUCAGUGAACCCAGUGGAAUUCUACCGGCCUGGUAUUCCUCUGUUGGACAGAGACAAUGUUGGAUUAGUUUUACUCUUGCAGCCCAAAAUUCCGUGUGCUGCCUCCCCUGCAAUCUGUGUAGCUAACACACAUCUGUUGUACAAUCCAAGGCGAGGGGAUAUUAAGCUGACCCAGCUGGCCAUGCUACUGGCAGAGAUUUCCAGUGUGGCCCAUCAGAAAGAUGGCAGCUUCUGUCCUAUUGUUAUGUGUGGUGACUUUAAUUCUGUUCCUGGUUCCCCACUCUAUAGUUUCAUAAAGGAAGGAAAAUUGAAUUAUGAAGGACUUGCCAUUGGAAAGGUAUCUGGCCAGGAACAGUCUUCACGGGGACAAAGAAUUUUAUCUAUUCCAAUUUGGCCCCCAAACCUAGGUAUCUCACAGAACUGUGUGUAUGAGGGGCAGCAGGUACCAAAAGUAGAAAAGACAGACUGUGACCUGACCCAGACACAGCCGGAGAAAACAGAGGCCCUAGUGACGGCUGAAAAGUUAUCUUCAAGUUUACAGCACCAUUUCAGCUUGUCAUCUGUUUAUUCACAUUACCUUCCUGACAGUGGCAUUCCAGAAGUGACCACCUGUCACUCCCGAAGUGCCAGAACUGUGGAUUAUAUUUUCUACUCUGCAGAAAAGGAAGCUGUUACCGGACACCAAGGAACUGAAGUUGCUCUGGUUGGUGGCUUGAAACUUCUAGCUAGACUGUCACUUCUUACAGAACAAGACUUAUGGACUGUGAAUGGACUUCCAAAUGAAAAUAACUCUUCAGAUCAUCUGCCUUUGUUGGCUAAGUUCAGACUUGAACUCUGAUUCUUCAAUUACAUAAUUUCUAUUCUUUUUCAGAAAUGUAAAGUUUUUCUUAGUGUUUGCAUGUUCAUUUUUGUGCUGUGGCAUUUUGAAGAAGUUACGUUAACUGCUUGAAACAUAUCAGGAGAAAUGAGUUUACAAAAAAUGUUUUUUAAUAAUGAAAACUAUUUUCCUGACCGUUGAGAUCUCAAUAUUCUUUAUUGUAAAAGAGUUGUAAAUAUUUUUUAUUUCGAACUCCAGUAAAAUUGACAGUGAUUUCUAAAUACAGCGCAUCUUCUUUAGCACCUUCUCUUCAUAAGGAAUGUCGUGUUUCGGGCCGGCUUCGGAGCUGGUGUGUGAGUUCUUGCAGAGAGCUGCUUUCACUGGGAGAGCCCUGUGUCUGCUGAGUCCUCAGUACUCCAACUGAGCAGUCACUGCAGGGCUUGAUUUUUUUUUAAGUUGUACAAAGUGCUUGAUUCAGCCUAUCACUGUCAUGAGCCAUGUAAUAUGCCUUCAUUGUGUUGAGGACAUAUUUGGGUUACAGACCCCCAUCUCUAGGGAGAGGGCCUUUCCACAAGCCCACCCUUUCCAUUCUGUACCAGACAGGUGAGCCUGAGAGAGGCAGAGAUUUGGGGGUUAAAGCUGUUUCCCUAGCAUUUUUUUUUUCCUUCUAUUCAGUUUCAAGAAAAGAUCCCUGGGUUGAGGGAGGGAUUUUAUUUUACUAAACCCACUCUGUAGAAAUUUGUGAGGAAAACUGUCUUUGGGACAUAGUGGCAGCUGUAAGAUUAUUUUUGUUAGUCUUCUUUUGCAAUGCCACACCAGCAUGAGAUGGUGUUUACACUGUUAAGUGGUUACAGCGGGUCUGAUAAAUCCUGUAGUUGGUUCUGUAUCAGUGUUUGAAUCAAGAAAAUUUAAAACGUAAAAAGUGGAACUCUUUUUUUAGACAGUAGGGUCAAAGAAUUACAUGCAUUUUUGCUAAACAGUCAUUUUGCAUUGAAUUAUAAAUGUUUCUGCAGUGGGUUUUUUUAAUAGAAUGCUUCAUCUUAAAUUGGAAAACUAAUAAUAUUGGACUUUAAACUUUUUAUACUAAGGUAUUUACUACAAUUAUUUUUGAAAAAUAAACGAUGAAAGUCUGAGAAGGCAUGUGAGUUAUAAAGAUUUGCCUGGUAAAAUUGUAAUAUGCGAGUACUUUUCUCACUGUUUUUUGGGUUUUUUUAAUAGUAUUUAUUUACAGGUUUUUCCACUUUUUAGUAGAAUGCAGAAUAUUGUGAUACAUCCCAAUUGGCAGAUGUAGUGAUCACCAGCUUAUACUGAUAGUAUAAUUACCCCUUUUUAGUAUUAGGGAAAGGGAAAUGAAAAUAACUGCUUUGUUGUGUGUGAAUUUCACGAAUAACAUUAUUUAUGGGUCGUGAUACUCUAACGUUGCUGAAAACCUCUGAAAAUUUAACUUUUUUAUAUCCUGUUUAACAUAGUUUCAUGUGCUUCGCUUUUAUGGAGUUAAUCUAUGAAAUCGCUUUCUACUUUAGCUUACCGAAUGAAGUAUUCUUUUGUGGACUAGGAGUCAAAGGGUCAUUAUGACCUCAUAGAUUUUCAGAACUUCACUAAAAAUAAUUAUCCACUUGUCUAUACUUUUGUUUUUAAUCAAAAGAGUCCAUGAGUCUGCUGGCGCUGUUAUUUACCUGCCAAAACAAUUAAAUCUAGUUCAUUGCAGAAACUGAAUCUCUCAGUCUCAAGUGUUAUACUAUCCAAGUUUUAAAUAAAAAGGGAAAUUGA